AUGAAGCAAUGGGUAGUGGAGAACAAGGAUAACGACUUCGACGGGCUCGCCUACAAGGACGCACCGGUGCCGAAAGUCGGUGAGCGUGAAGUGCUGGUGAAGCUUUACGCUGCGUCGUUGAACUAUCGUGACCUUGUUAUUCCUAAGGGUAAAUAUCCAUUCCCCGCCAAAUUCCCUGUGGUCCUCGCAUCCGAUGGUUCGGGCGAGGUUGUCGAGGUCGGUCCCAAAGUCACUGAGUUCAAGAAGGGUGACCAUUACGGCGCGAUCGACCCUCCCGCGACACUGACGGGCCUAGGCGGUGUGAUUAAUGGUACAUUGCGCGAGUAUGGUGUUUUUAGCGAAACGGGCCUUGUCAAGGCUGCGAAGAAUCAUAAUGCCUUCGAGAACAGCACGCUCACCUGUGCUGCUCUUACAAGCUGGAAUGCUCUGUAUGGUCUGAAAUCUCUGAAGCCGGGCCAGGUCGUCCUGGUGCAGGGAACCGGUGGUGUGAGCAUGUUCGGCCUGCAGUUCGCUAAAGCCGCAGGUACGACCGUGAUCGCUACGACGUCGUCCGCCGCGAAGGCGGAGAAGCUGAAGAAGCUCGGCACCGACUAUAUCAUCAAUUAUAAGGAUGACACCAACUGGGGCGAGAGCGCUCGUAAGUUGACUCCGGAAGGUGCCGGUGUGGACCAUGUCAUCAAGGUUGGCGGACUGGGCACUCUCACGCAGAGCUUCAAGGCCAUCAAGUACGAGGGCAUGAUCAGCGUGACUGGAUUCCUCGACAGUGGCAAGGAUCAAGAUCUGCUGACCAUCCUGGACACUCUUAGCAAUAUUUAUACCGUUCGCGGUGUCUAUAUGGAUAGCAAGGAGUUGAUAAAGGAUAUAAUCCGGGCCAUCAAGGCUAAUGAUAUUUACUCUGUCUUAGAUAAGAAGGUUUUUACUCUCAACUAA